CGUUCGGCAAUGGAUGCGUUUCCCGGCAUUAAGUGGCUGUUGCUGUUUGUUUCAGUCGCUGUAGUGGCCGAAUACUGCGACAAUGGCACGGGCGAGUGCAAAGACUUGACUCCUUCCGACUGCCCAGUGAUAUUCUACAACCAGCACCUGAUUGGAUCUGAAGUCAAGUACUGCGACGAGUUCAACGAUAUUGUCUGUUGUCCCAUCCCGUUGGAUCAUCAAAACCUGAAACCAGUCGAAGAGACAAGGCCUUUUGAGAAGCAAUGCAAGCAGUACAACGAGGGCAGAGCGGCCUGUCGCUCCACGCCCUUUAUUGUGGGCGGCACAAAGGCGUCUGGUCGGGAGUUCCCCUUUAUGGCGCUGAUCGGCACCAGGCGGGGUAACAAGUCCGAACCCAAUUGGGACUGCGGUGGAGCUGUAGUGCAUCCCAGAUUUGUGCUGACUGCAGCUCAUUGCCUUGAAACGGAUGAAACUAAGGCCGAACGAUUAGAUCCAAACUUCGAUUCGCCCAAAUUUGUAGUUCGACUGGGGGAUUUGGACUAUAACAGCACCACUGACGAUGCCCAGGUCCAGGACUUUCGGGUGGUAAACUACGUGGUGCACCCGGGCUAUGAUACUGAGGACGAAGAGCUGGGUUUUAAGAACGACAUUGCCCUUGUGGAACUCGAUCGGGAGGCUGUGUUUAAUGACCAUGUGGCGGCCGUAUGCCUGCCGCCCACCAGCGGCAACGAUAACGAACAUGUGACAGCCGCCGGCUGGGGAUUCACCAAGGACGGUGUAAAAUCCUCUCACCUUCUGAAGGUCAGUCUGCAGCGGUUCACGGACGAGGUGUGCCAGGAACGCCUGCGUUUCACCAUCGAGACGCGCACCCAGUUUUGUGCAGGAUCAAUGACCAGCGAAGCGGACACCUGCAACGGCGACUCCGGCGGACCUAUCUUCGUGCAGCAUCCGCUUUAUCCUUGUCUUAAGCAAGUGCUCGGGAUCGUGUCCUAUGGAUUGGUUUGUGGUUCCCAAGGACUCCCGAGUGUCUACACCAAGGUACACCUUUUCACUGACUGGAUCGAGAGCAUUGUGUGGGGCAACUAAAUCCGGAAUAAAUCUUGCCAAUUAAUCGGCAGAACCACCUGAAUUAAAUUGAGAUAUACUUAAAAUACAACUUAACUUUUAAAUAUUA